AAGCUUCGGAAGCGGCCGUGGGGUCGCGGGGCCGGUGCGAGGUGUGGCGUCGCUCCUCCUUCUGGUUCCCACGGUGCCAGCCACGCUCGCACCAUGUCGGCGUACCCGAAAAGCUGCAACCCGUUCGACGACGACGAUGACGCGGAAGACGAGGGUGCCCGGCCGGUCCCAUGGCGGGAGAACCGUGACCUCGCCGACGGGCCCAUGGAUCGGCAGCAGUACCUGAGGCAGGAGGUGCUUCACAGGGCCGAGGCCAUGGCCGCCAGCACCAAUAGGUCGCUGUCCCUCAUGUACGAGUCCGAAAAGGUCGGGGUCGCCUCCUCUGAGGAACUGGUGCGUCAGCGAGGAGUCUUAGAACGCACCGAGAAGAUGGUGGAUAAAAUGGAUCAAGAUCUGAAGACCAGCCAGCGGCACAUCAACAGCAUCAAGAGUGUGUUUGGGGGCCUCGUCAAUUACUUCAAAUCCAAGCCAGCAGAGACGCCCCCGGAACAGAACGGCACCGUCACACCCCAGCCCAGCAGCAGAUUGAAAGAAGCUAUCAGUACAAGUAAAGAACAGGAGGCGAAGUACCAGGCCAGCCACCCAAACCUCAGGAAGCUGGACGAUCUCGAACUCGACUCCAGCCCUGGAGGGGCCAGCUCUGUGAGCAGCGCUGACGCUUACCCCAAGAACGCACACCUGCGCGCUUAUCACCAGAAGAUCGACAGCAACCUAGACGAGCUGUCCGUGGGACUGGGCCGGCUGAAGAACAUCGCCCUGGGGAUGCAGACGGAAAUUGAGGAGCAAGACGACAUUCUUGACCGGCUGACCACCAAAGUGGACAAGUUAGACCUUAAUAUAAAAAGCACAGAAAAGAAAGUGCGACAGCUCUAAAGAACCAAAAAGGACCUCCACUACUUGGUGAGGAAGAGACUUGAACAGAUCUUUAAAAACUCCCAAGAAAUCUCAUUUCUUAUUUUAGUAUGUCAUUUAAUACGUGUUGGCACAAAUGUUCUAAUAGAGUGGGUCUGAAGAGAUUUUUGUUGCCCUGAGGAACUGUGUGUCCCAUGUUUUCUUAGGGCCGACUCCUCUUAAGUUCUCUCAGCCAAUGUGAGAUGAAUACCUUGGGCCUUUGAUGACCAUGUUGGAAUGAGAAGAAAAGUUGUAUUUCUCACUUUCACGAGUAUGUGGAAAGGUGUGGGCAGAAGUUCAGUGUUCUACCCGCCAACUGCUUUUUCCCUGUUUGAUGUGUUACUCAUUCCUAGGCCAUACAUGAGUCAGAACGUUCUGGGACCCUGUGAGUCGGUUUGUGUGGGGAGGGUCCUUCCCACAGCGCUGUGCAGGAGUUAUCAUGCCAUUUGCGCGCCCACUCUCUCUCACGCACACACAAACACACACAGCAUGUCAUUUGUGAUUCUCAGCCCCCUGGGAAAGGGUCAAUGUUAGAUCCGUCAGUGCUGACACAACAGCAUGCCUGUGGCUUCAGAUCAGCACUGCUCACUGUGAUCACCUGGAAAUCUGCAGAAAAUUGGGCAAACCCUUCUUCCCCUCCUCUCUCCUCUCCAGUUGGAAACAGAUUUUCCAUUGGCACAAAGCCACGUGAUUGACACAUGGGCAGUACAGUAUAGGUUGUAGGAGUGUCACACAGGGCCAAGCACACUGCUCUUCCUCCUCUGAGCCUUCUACUCCAUUGGCCAAAGCUGAGUGUGAUGGAAUAUGUAUUCUGGACCUGGAGUCUCCUGACCUUCUGCACUUCCUGCAAGAUAACUUAUUGCAACAGCACCUGGUCCUGUGCCACCCGGCUUUAAAACAGUGACUCUACAAAUAACGCUGACUUCACACAGAGGGAUUUGGCUAAGGGAAGAAAAGCCCAGCUGUUAACGUUAAGUGGCCCAGCUUAUUUUUUACAAAAGGAAUCAUCGGAAAGCAUUCAUUAAACUGAUAUCUACCAUAAAAUCAAUUAGUCUUCAGUGAAAUCAUUGAUGCCACAGACCUUUUUUGUUUAAAAAAAAAAUAGAGCAUUUCGAAGAUGGUGAGAAGGACUGAUCUUAAUAACAUGGAAGGUCACAAACUUUCAAUCGCAGUGCCUUUCACCUUAAACUUGUACCAUCUGGGGCUGCUUUCCUUCGGAGUCUGUGGCCUAUAAAAAGUCAUCCACAGAGCUCAGGCCACCCCUGGGUGCCAGUCGGGCAGAAGUCCACAGCCUGUGAUACCCAGCCUUCUCAAAACCACUGACAGCCUCCGUGGCAGACACAGCAGCUUCCUCUGCACAGCACUCAUGUCCCAUCAACCUCGGGGACUCGGCCCCCACAUCGUCUCAACUACCCGAGUGUGAGGAGGAGUUAGUUAAAGGUGAUCAAAAUCCAGCUGGUAUUUAUCACAUGAGCUCAGCAUCACUUAUCCCCCUGACAACGCCUGGAAGGGAAACGUUCCACACAACUCGCAGCCCAGGCCACACCAAUCCCCGGGCCUUUCAAUCAGAAGUGCAGAGCAGCCCACGUGAGUAUUUCCGCCUGCCCCACUUUCCGGUUGUUUUUUUUUUUUUCCUCUUCACACCCUCUUCCAUGUACAUCAUCAUAACUUUGUCAUCACCAGGCCUAGAUCUGUGAGUUAUUAGUCACUGAGCCUCAAAACCAAAACUUGUUUGUUCAGAUAAUUGCAUCUAGCAGCCACUGUCAUUAACACCAGACGGUCAGCCUCCCAUCUGCAGAUGGAACCAGUGAGUCCGUGGACUCGAAGCCAAGUGAAAUGUCUUACUUUUAUGUAACUUGCCUGUCUCCUGUAGGGUUGGUGAAGCCAGUCAUCCUCCCCCACUGCCCUAUUGUGUUUCAUUUUGUUGUUUCUCUUAAGUACACAAAAAGAGUGGUCUCAACUUUUCCAGAAGCACCUCUCUCUGGGUCCUGUUCGAGAGGACCUGCUGCAUCUCAUCCCAUGCUUGAACCCUCUGGUUCAAAGUCCUGGGCUGAGGGGCCUUCCCUAAACUGCAUACUGUCCCACUGCCACUGCCUGCGGGGUCCUCCCCUGCACCCAUGCUCACCGCGAACUGGUUGCGCACUCCAGUUCAGAGAGUGAAGCAGCUCGCCCUUCCACCAAGAAUGAAGGAAGGCCUGAUGAAUUGGAGGAAAGAAGAAAUUCCACCCUUGAGACAUGGCAUGGACACACGCACAGGUGCCGCCAGCCUGGGUACCAUGGGCCUUAGCACCACAGAGGACUCCUCCUUCUUGGCAGAUGGACUCCAUGAAACAAAUUCCCGUCUGCACUGACACACUGGAAACAAAUUGUGCCUUCACCAGCAGCAGAAAGAAACCAGCUUCUCCAGCUUUGAAGUUGGCAGCUGUCAAAAUGUGCUAUUACUAACUUUAACCUUUACCAAGUGCAUUCUCCUGGGAAGGAAGCUUUCUAACGUGAAAUCCGUGACCUAACAGCAGUGGGGUUUUUUGUUUUGUUUUGUUUGUGCAUUCUGCAGGCAGGGAGACCUGAAUUUAGCUCAGGUUCAAAGGGGGAAAAAAAAAUACAUGCAUUUUGAU